GAGACGGCCAACCAGCCGACACAUGUGUCCCGUUUCGUCCUCGCAACAUUAACCGUCGUCUUUGCUCAUUAAAACUACGACUGCGCGUGUUGUGUCGCAAUUUUUCCUCCCCGAUUUUCGUUCGCCGUCCGGUGAGUACAAUUAAUAACAUUAUUAUCGUUUACGAGCACCUACGCGCAUAAAUACGAUAACAGUGAAAACUGAUAACGACCGUAGAUAUAAGAACUGCGGCUAAUGCGACUACAUUUUAAGUACGAAUGAUUUAAAUAAAUAUUUAAUAAGCCUUUCGCAUUUUCCGGUUUCCACCAAAGAUCUCCGUCGUUCGUUCUCGAUCUUCUGCAUCCUCAAAUUUCGCACGCUCUUUUCUUAAUAGAUUUUUCACGAGUCCUUUGUUACUCGGCCCAUCCAACGACGUACUUUUAUUAAGUGUAAACUCGCGUACACGUACACCUACAUAAUAUAAUUAUAUCAUAAAAUCUUUAACAAAGUAUAAUCGUUCGCAAUUUUCUAGCACACGAGAAAUGAGAUCGUGUGUAGGUUUACCCACUUGACUUUAUCCUUCGGAACGCUAACGAAAUUGUAUGCGAUUAAAUUAAAAAAAUAAACGAUUCGCCCGCACAACGAUUAUUGUGUUAAUGUACCGACACUUCGUCAACGAAUUCCCUCACAGUCGUAAAAUAAAAUACUGUGCACAGACACCACGUUUACGUAGUAAUAUCUGAGGCGUUUUUAUUUAUAAGUUUAUUAAGGGUGAACAAUACCCAAGGGAUUGAGUCAUGUUUGCUCGCCUUCGCGCAUUUAAUGGGUCCAUUAUAUUUUUACAUAUUUUAUUGAUGGAUCCGAUCGCUUUUUUAAAUCGGACGAAUCUUGAGGGGCUGUUAAAUAAUAGGGGAGUUGCGGGAGAUAUAUGAUCCACGUCAAAAUGUCUCUUCAAAAUGUAUAACAAUAUAUUAUAUUUAUAAAAUAAAAUAAUUAUCGUUAAAAAUUAGCCACAUCCCCUUCUAUGACAAAUAUCAUUUGACCGCCAUUAGUUAGUAUAUCAUUAAGAAAACCAUUAUUUAGGUACUAAUUUAUUCUAAAUGACUACCAUUUGAGUAAUUUUGAUCUUUUAUCCACAAUAGUUACCACAGUGGCGUACUCAUCAUUUUUCACUGUGGGGAGAGAGGGAGGCUAAUAAAACUUGACUAAAAAUUAUGUUUUACAAAUAUUGUGCAUUUUACAAUUAUUUGUACUUGGUUGAAUAAAUAAUGCAAAUAUGCAAUGAAUAUAAUUUUAUUAGUAAAAAAUUGGCAAUGCUAAAUAGUUUUUAUUUUUUUUUUUUUGUAUUUCACGCGGUCAAUGAGAGGGAGAGGACUAAAUCCCCUUUAACCCUCCCCCAGAGUAUACUUAUGAAUAUAAUUUCGUCACUCUUUGGAUAACUAAAAAAACCCAAAUCUAAUUACACGUGUGAGUAAAAAAUUAUUAUUUUUUGAAAAGUCAUAAUAAUAGUAAUAAAAUCACCAUCGACUGAGGUACGAGUCUAAUAAAUAACUUACUAAACUUAACAAAUAAUACUAAUAUUUUAAUAAAUAUUAAGAAAUGUGUAAAAUUACGGCAGUGUUGUAAGGACCUAUAUAAAAUAAUGUACGGAUUAAUCUCAUAUUUAUAAUCUAAUAAUUAGCUCGUCGAGCGGCUUUUCUUAUUUCUAAUCAUAAUGAUUCAGGUACGUAAUCGUGAGAACCUAUAUGCAAAAUAUCGAACAACAUAAUUCGUAACGCAUAUCGGCAUUUUAUGAUUUUUAACAGUUUGAAAUUUUGGCCGGAGGAAUAGGGAAUGACGACGAAUUACUUCCCACGCAAGAUAUCCUUUACGCAAAUAAUAUCGUCUAUCCACUCGUUAUAUACUGAAAACUGUUGAAACCAUUUUAAUGGGAUUUCCGUUCGGAGUUGUUUAAUAUGCGCCCCGAAAAAAGUUUUAAUGCAUUUUUCGGAUUUACAUAUUUAUUAGCGCCCCCGCCGCGCCGCGCCGCGCGUUUUAUAAAAACUUGAGGCCAAUAUUAUAAACAAUGUUUUUGUUUUUUUUUUUUUUUUAGGAAUCGCCUGUACACGAACGACCGAAUGGCGUCAACACGGACUUAGCGGAACGAUAUAUUAUUAGAGAGAAACCCAUCCCCCAUAACCCCAGUCAUCAUCAUGGGCACAAGAGUGGCGGCAGCACAUUUUUCAGACAAGAUGUUCGCCGGGGUGCCACAGCUGCUCGAAGAUCUGCAAAAAUUGGCCGACGAUCACGAAUCGGCAGACAUAGUGUUCUUGAUCGGCCGGGAAGAAGUGCCUGUCUACGCCCAUCGGAUUAUCUUGAUGACGAGGUUAGUAAUAUUAUUUUCGAAACAAAAACGAACGUCGCAAUAUCGAAACUGGUUAGAUUUGAAAAAUGUACACUUAUAAUAAUUAUAAUAACGCACGAGCUAUAAUGGGAAAAAUUAUGAUAAUACGAUUGAAACGAAUAACGACCAUGAUAAGAACAUACGUUUCACACGUAGGUCUUCAUAAUAUGCAUUAAAUAUUAAUUCAAAAAUGAGCUUUAUCGUAUCUCUAUGAUUACAUCUGAAAUUCGGCGGAUAUAUAUGUAUCGUAAGAGGGCAAAUUGCAUUUUUUAUCCUAUGGAUUAUCAUAAUACGAUAAUAUGAAAAACAUUUGACGGUUCACACCACGGUAUAAACAUACGAUCCUUGGCCCGUGGGUUAAUCAAUACUACAAUUUGGCAAUUUUCCUCUUAGUAUAUCACUGCUGACUUCAUACUCGUUUAUUUAGUCUCUAUCACACUUAACAACUAUCUAUAUAAUUGUUUUAUGACCAUAAGCAACAUAAGCUAGUGAUUUGAAAAUUCCCCGGAUAUUCCCGGUACCGGAAAUUUAUUGGGAAAAUUAAAAUUUCUGUACAUAUUGUUCACAUAUUAUAUUGAAACACAAUAUAAUAAUAUAACUUAUAUUCGUAAAUUAUUCGAAUGACAAACAUAAUAUUAUAGGAGAAUUGUCCAAACAUUUUGGCGAUUACAAAUAUGUACAUUAUACAAAAUUAACUCGAGUUAUACGCAUAAAUGACAGUCAUCGAUAUAAAAAAUAAAACAUCUAAAAUACAUUCCAAACUAAAUAAUCACGAAAAAAAACUCAAAAUAAAACUGUUACAACGUAUCAUUAGUCUUUCAAAAAUAAUAAUAAUAAUUAAAUACUUUUUUUUUUAUUUAAGAAUAUAUUCAAGAAGUUCUCAGGAACGUUUCUUGGAGAAUAUUCCUAGUGGAACAUAUAGCAAUCAAAACUCAUAUUAUAAUAAUUAUUAAGUUUCAAAUUAUGAGCGUAAUGACUAAUGGGGAAUGUAUUGAUUAUAAUAUUAUAGUGUGCGCUUUUUGUGUGUGUGUGUGUGUGUUUCUGAACAACUUUUUUAUCAGAAAUAUUGAACAAAUAUAUAUAAAAAAAAACGACCCACCCAAUCAGAUCUACUAUCAAAAAAAGUACUAUCAUUGUAAAUCUGAGUAAAAUUGCUGGUAGAAAAGUUGUCAACAGAAAAAAAAAAUCAUAAUAUUUUACUAAUAUAAUAUUUCGUACAUUUCCCGGUUUUCUUUCGGCUUUUCACAUUUGAUGAGAAAACUCCUAAGAAAAUCGAAAAAUGAUCUGUCUAAAGUACCUUUCCAUGACAAUUUCCUUUUAGAAAAGGCUCUAUUUCGUACACAUCGGAAUAAGCGUUCUAGUAGAAAAAGUGUUCAUAUAAAAAAAAAAAAUAAACAUCUUUGUAAAACCAAUACAUUCUUCGUUCCACUCAGAAUCCAAAAUAGUAAGUACGUGCAAGUAUACAAUCGUAUAAUAUGAUAUUCCAUUAUGUUAUGUUAAUCCGGCGCGCUAUAUCGGAUUCGGUUUUUUUUUUUUUAUUUUUUUUUUUUGCGUGAGUAAUUUAUGUAAAAUUAUAAUUUUGUAAAUGUUGGGCAGCGAAAUAUCGAAAAGAGAAAUAUUAAUUUAGGAUAAACCACACCGGCAAUUACCGGAUGAAUAGGUACCGAUUUUCAAUCGCCAUACCGGAGACCGCUGCACACGGUAAUUUAGCGUAUAGAUUAAUAUUACAAUAUGUUCGCGUAUCACAGUACCUACCCAUUAUCCCGCAGUGGGUGUAUUACCGUAACAAUAAUAAUUAUAAUAAUAUAUAGCUAUACGGUUGCAAGCCGAAACGAUACGUCUAUAGCGAUCAUAAUAAUAAUAACAUACUAUUACCGUUCUCUCGCAGAAACUCCGCCGAAAUAUGAAAUCCUAGACGGGUACCUAUACACAGCUAACCUAAUCGUGAUGUGUUUUAAUCAACAUGUAGUAUAUGUGUACGAUAAUAACUGCGCACAGUUCAAAGCGGCGCCUAAAUAAUAUUAUUACACAAGAAUAACCGUCGUGUCGCCGCGACGCGAUUGCUGUGAAAUACAGAAUAAUAAAAUAAUGUUUAUUUAAAGAGACGGUACUGUAGAUCAAAUUUCGAUUAAAACUAAGUAAAAAGUACUAAAUAUGAUUUAUCACCGAGCAGAAAUUACGCGUCUUUUGAGAUAAUGCGUAAAAAUAUCGGAACCAAUGCCUAACCGACAAAAAGUGUUUUAAAAAAAACAAAUAACUAUUGGGAAAUUCGAAAAAUAUUUCAAAUGAAGUAGGUACGUUGAGACGAAAAAUCCGCAGAUUUUAAAUAUGAUAUUAAAAAAAAAGACGUCCCAGGACGUUAGCAAUGAUUAAUAUUAAAAAAAAUAAAUACAUAUAUCUCUGUAAAACCAUAAGCUUCUUCGCUCCUCUCAGAAUGUAAAACAAAAAGCUUUUUUUUGUUUUACUUAGAAAAUACAAUUACAAUGAUUAAUGUCCAAAAUUAAAUUUACUAGAUUUUUCGUAUAAAUUAUGAUUUACCGGUUUAACAUAAAAAAGGUAAUUACAAAUAUUAUUCAAAUCGAACACUAUUUCCGAAUGAUAACCAGUGUUCGACAAAUUCCGAAACGUUCAAAUUUGGUACCUGUAUUACGAUUAACGAACUAUACCGACUCCUAUCUACCUACUGGAAUUCUAGGACCCCUCCAACGCACGGUGUAUACGCGGGUGAUACGUAAUUUAAUUCUAAGUAAGCUAUAAACAUUUAAUUUCGAUGUUUUAUCGGUGUAAUAAAUACAUAUUUUAGAUUCUGAGUUGAUCGAAGAAGCGUAUGGUUUUACAAGGAUGUUUAUUUUUUUUUUAUUUUCAUCUGUGCGCAACUUUUUUUAUCAAAAACUUUGCUCUGACUUUUAAUUGUAGCACCUUUUCUGAAAGGAAAUCUGACUGGAAGAUCGUUUUUCGAUUUUCCCAACAAAUGUGAAAAAACAUGGGAAAACUAGGAAAAACAGGAAAAUCGGUACAUUAAACAAAUAUUAUUAAAGAAAAUAUAUAAUGCUUAUUUAAUUAUUUUACCAUAAUAUGGCAUAUAUAUAUUGUUGACAAAGCAUUGUUAUCAACUGAACUUCGCUCAAAAUCACUUUUUCGUUAGCGAUGGUUUAUCGUUGCUUUCAGGUAUACAUUAAAUUAUCUAUGUAAGUGGCUCCACUCAUCCCCAUUAUCCUGUGAAAGCUUUUACUGAUAAUUAUAACGGAUCUAAUCUUGUUAACCUAGACUAACCUGAUUAAACCUACCUCGCAUCGCGAACGGACGUGGAUUAAUUCUGAUAAAUUUAUACCAGACCUACCUAUUAAAUAUUUUCUCUUCGGCCGUUCAGCUUAUAUUCGCACUACUCUGCGUGAAUGUACCUAGUUGUGUUUACGUGCUUACUUACUUUUAGGUUAUGAGCGGAGCGAGGAAUCUAUUAGUUUUACAAUUAUGUUUAUUUGUUGAAAACUUCUGGUAGAAUUAAUUAGAUACUAUUGUCUUAGUACAGCAGUAUAUGAAUAAACAUCAUCGUACGGGAUCAUAUUAUUGUAUUGUCGUUGUUGUUGCCGUGCUUUGGAAACGAACGUCUAAGACAACGCACACGUCUCGAAGCAAUCAAGGGAGCGUAGGUUGUACUCGGUAUAGAAAAUAUUCGCCUUUAUCGUUAUUAUUAUUUCGGCUAUUACAAGUACCUAAGUAGAAAUACGUUAUAUUUUCGAAUCUCUUUAUAGGUAUAGACAAGAAAACACGUAGGUACCUAUUUACCCUGUUUGCGCGUUUAAUUUAAUUAUUAUUAUAAAUUCGUAAAUCGUUAAUAUUUAAGUGCGUGGCGUUUUAUUUAAACACUAAUUAUAUUGGAAUUAUAGUGUAUAAAAUGUUUUGUCUACGGUAGUAGAUUUUCCUUUAAAAAAAUAAAUCUUCGCUCCGCGUGAAAAAUUCUGUACAUUAUAAUCCCGCUCAUCUGAUGCUGCGGUAUAUACAAAGGAAAUAAGGAAAUAAUUUAAAUUUAUUUGAAUGUCAGAUUUACAUUAUGUAUUAAAAGACCGAGAAUUUUUUAUUCAUUUUUAUUAUUAUCGCAUAAUUAGCAAAUAUGCACCCAAGAUAAAAUCGUACUUCAAAGUAAAAUAUGUGCUAAAUAAUAGGUAGACGCAUACUACCUAUUAUAAUUGUAAAUGUAUAAUUUAUCAAUUCUUUCUGGUCUAGUUGGGUCAAGUAGGUUGUUAUUUCUUAAACUUUCCAGACGACCACGGGCGAUUUUUUUUUCGUUUUUCACGAAAAACAGACGAAAGUAUAUUUUUUUAAAUGAUUUUAGAAAUAAAAAUGAAAAUAGUCUCAUAAUAAAAAAUAUAGAGGAAAAUACUUCAACUAAAGAAAUCUCCUAACAUGCAUUUUUUUUAAAAAAAAAAAACAUCAAUCACAAAUAUAGUUAUUUAUAGAGAUUAACGCGAAUUUUUGUAUUCUAUUGAUAUUGACCUAAAUAAUAAUUUAUAUACUUUAAUGCACAUGGGCAGCGCAAAUGUAGUUCUGCGGGUCUGAAGACUUAUAGUGUUUUUUUAAACUUAUUUGAAUGAGAGGGUGGCUGGUAUUUGAGAAAGAAUAAGUAAGCUUAACCUUAAAUGUUUUUGAAAAAGUCAAUAUGCGUUAAAUGAAGAUUUAAAAUAGGGGGAUUUAUUUAAUAAUAUCAAUGCAAUGGGGACAUGGGAUCUUUUAUCAAUAAAUGGGUGAUGGAAGGUUCAAAUAAUUGUUUGUAUCUCAAACAUGAUAUAUAUUCGUGUCGCCACAAAUGAUCAAUAUUAUCGCGAAAAUAUAUUCUAUAACUGUUUUAAAUAUCAUCGAUUCAUCUCUAAAAUCACUUUGAAAAGUACUAAUGUUUUCUGUUUUGAGUGAACACUUUUCGCUCAAAUUUUACGAGUAAAUAAUAAUUAUUAUAUUAUACACCUUUGAUAAUAACAUUGUAAUAUUACUGUACAUUUAUUUGAAACCGCUGAAUUCGAAUGCCAUUAAUUUUGUGUGCACGUUAUCAUUUUUUUUUUUUUUUGCAAAAAUAUCGUAAAAUUGCCCAUACGCGACCCCUUUUAACGGCGAUUGACGUCCUUUUAAAUUCUGUCACGCAUCAUAAAUACCAUAUACUAUAUAGAUAAUAGAUAUAUUAUCGUUGGCGUUUCCUCUUAUCUUUUCGUAAUCAAUAGUUUGAUUGGUUUGCUAUAGUUCGCCAUGUUUCCCUAUAAUAAUUCGGUUUCUUUAUCUCCUUAUGACUAUCCUUAUUCGUGUCUAUCAUGAUUUAUUUCGUGUACUCUAUCCGUGGUCUUCUUCUCCCGAUAUCUGCACCUUCUACGACGCCUUCUUUGAUGAAUUUCGUUACGCUACCGUAGAUGUUCUAUGGUAAUUUUUUUCCCUUCUGACUUUAAUGCUAUAUCUAAAUUAUCGGUUACCUUAUUAUUCAUUUUCAAUAAGUAAUUAUUUUUUUGUUAUUCAUUCUAACCAUUAAUCACUAAGAAUUUUUCGUUAACAACACCUUUCAAAGGUCAUACAAAUGAUUAUCUAUAGACGAUUUUUAUUCAGAAAAACUCUCUUUACUUGUGCUAUCCUGAUACGUGCUAUAACUAUGUCUACUUUACUUGGAUCGUCUUCUGUUACUUAUCAAAAAAUUUAAGUGUUGUACUUGUUCUAUAAUAUAGGAACGCGUCAUCAGUUUUUAUAUUAAGAUAAAUUACUGGUCUUGGCGUUUACAGAAAUAUAUUGAAAUGUUUUCAUUCAGCGAGAAAUAAUAUAAUAAUGUUAUAAGUAUUUAUAAUAUGCGGAUCAACUUGUCGGUUAUCCGAUUGAUAUUUUUCUCCGCGUAUAUUGUACGAAGACGGUUGUUGUCAAAACCGUUAUGCGUCCUCGAGAUUUUCCCAUUACCUAUAGCUGACGUAACCCGCGCGUAUACGUGUAACAUAAUAUACGGCCCCGGACCGAAUUGACUUUUUUUUUCCUGCGGAAAACCGAUUUCCGUUCGAGACGGAUUCUCAUUUCCGCGCGUAGGUCCGAGGUGACGCGGGAGGGAAAGACGCGACAAAAAAAAAAAAAUUGCCGCGUACAACAAUCUAUACACGGCUGCUGCUGAAAACCCAUUUUCCCCCUGUCGACUGUACAUACAUAUAGCAUUAUAUUUUCCUGUAGCCGGAGGGUUGGACAAAUCCAUCUCUUAUGUAUGUGUGUGUGUGCGUGUGUGUGUGUGUACGUGUGUUUGACGAAUGGCGACGGAGGUGUUGCCGAAAAAGCAAACUCGUCGAAUUGUUGUACGCGUAUACAAAAUGUAUAAUAUAUAUAUAGAUUGUAGGCGACAUGGGGGAAAAAAACAUUUUCCGUUCGAACGAGCCGAUUCAAUAUUUGCACACGGGGAUAAAUUUAUAAUUUCCUCUCGUUUGAGUGACGGUAAACGCGUGGCUCGUGGGAAAAUGCGAACACAAAUCUCCAGGGAUUUCUUUUGAUUUUUUUUUUUUUGUACUUUAUUGAUUUUUACGGCCUCGGGAUUUCAUUUGCACAACGGGGCCGCCGUUUAAAUGAACGAACAAAUAAAAAAAAAAUCGCACGUUUUUCCCGCCGGAAUGCUUGAUCACGCGCGCGCGUAUGUUUGUUUUACGAUUUAUAAACCUAACUGCUGCAGUUUAAUAAAAAAAAAAAAUACGCACUGAAACACUUACGCAUCACAGUGGCACACACAGAGGGGGGGGGUAUGGGGUCAUAACCUCCUCCGAAAUGUCUUCCUUCACUACAUUUUUUGAAAUCAAGUUUAUAGAUUUUACGUAUUGAUCACAAUGAAAAAUUUUAACUUGUUAAUCAUUUAGUUCUCUUUGUUAUUAUGUAUGUUUAUUUGAUUGCAUAAAAAUAAAAAGUAUCAGUAUUUUGUAUCUAUGUUAGUUGAAUAAUGAAUAGUAUUUAUGGGACGUCGCCAUUUUAUCCGGGGUAUGGAGUAAAAUAUUUAAAACGUAUUUCCAUAUUAAUAACCAGAACCUUUAAAGUCAUGAUUCAAAUUUCAAACCAACAUCACAAUUUUUAGUGAAUUAUUAGGUUCAAGGUUCUUCGUUUUGCCCCCACAUUUCCUUGUAUUAUCCAAUAUUAGUAUUGUGCAUCACAAUAAGGGAUAAAAAAACGGUCAUACUUCACCCGAUUGGUAGGCCACUGUUGUAGGCAGGUCCGUAGCCAGAUCAAUUCUUUAAGAGGGGGACUGAGGGGGCCUGGUUGUAGGUGAGAAAUUGGGAAGGUAGGAUAUAGAGGGAAAUUUAAUUUAUAUCUGUACGCAACGGUAAACCACAGCUAAUGAAAAACGAUUCGGAGCGGAGUUUUUUUUAGAAAAUUGGAGCAAGAUUUCUUGUAGAAAAGUUAUAUUUUGAAAAUCAAUAAUCAAUAAUUAAAAUGUUAUAUGUUUACGUGGUCCGGUGGCACAACGGCUACAUUUAAAAUAUCAUGAAUUCAUAAAUAAAAUCGUAAAACGCAAUUAUUCUAUAACAAUUAAAGAAAAUGCGGCCAAGUCAAAUUAAUCUCAAAAGCUUAGUAAUAAAAAAAUUACUCCAUAUUCGAUUUACGUACAUUCGACGAGUAUUCGAUUAUUAACGAUGGCCGAUGGGCCAAAAUCGUUAUUAUCGGAAACCGUAUACCACAUGAAGUAUUUGUCUUGUCAACAUUCGCAAUCCGAAAUAAUGUUGCAAACAAAGGAAAUAAUAUAUUAUACCUAUUCGGGGGGAAAAAAAAACGUAGCUAGCCGACAAACUCGUUUAUGGUUUCUGUUUCUCUUUUGUUGUGUAUAUAUUAUACUCACUCAAACCUCGUUUAUUUCGACAAUGAUGAAUUCGGGACAAUCAGAGAAAACGGGCACGUCGUUUAGUCUUUACCGUCGCCGCGCACGCAGCAGCAGCAGCUAUACCACUCAGAACAAUGACGGUAAAUAAUUUGAUUAAAAUAAAUAAACCCGCGCCCGAUGACAAUAAAAAGUGAUUAGUGAAGUUUACCAUUCCUCUUCACCGCGACUGUUGGUAUAAUGGUUGUAAUUCAAAAUGUCAACAACCGGCGUUUAAUCGCGAAUACGUCAUAUUAUUUGUUUUAUUUUUGUCAAUUUCUGAAUUACAUUGGCUGCAACCAUACCCGAUUACCGAGUUUCGGCUCCUCAGAAUCUACAACAGUGGCCUUACCCGCGGUAAUUUGUAUAGUUCGGCCAUUUUAUUUAAACUUUAUUCGUAUUAUUGAAUCGAAAUUUUUUUCAAUAUUUUUAAACCUUUUACUUCAAUGAUCUAUAGUGAUAAAGAAGUAGUGAGUAGUAUAGUUGCAAUACAUAGCACAAAAUACCCGGAAAGGGUGAUGAAUUCAAGUAAAUCAGAUUAAUCGAAUACAUUUUAUUUUCUUGAUUUUAUUUGUUUAAAAUAUAUUUCUUGCUUCUAUUCACCCAGCAUUAUAGGUUAGAAGAAAAACUUUAAAAGAGCUUAUGUUGAUCCCUAAAGUCAAUUACUCCAAAAGUGGCUCCAGAUAUUUAAGUGCUCACAGAGACCCAAUAUUUAAGUUAUAUUAAACCUCACUAUAGGAGUAUGAGAAGUAGUCUUAAAGUAAUGCCAAAUUUGAAAUUUUCUUCUAGUAUACGGUCCUAAUAACGGUAGUAUACGAUUUCAAAAAUUUAACGAUUCUGUCCUCUGAGUGCUAAGCACGCUCUCUCUCAUACUAAUCUCUCAUACUAAUGUCUCGCUUGAUCCGUUCGGACCGACCAAAUCUCCCAGUACUUGAAGUGAAUGUUUAAUCCAAAUGUAUAAGUUUAUAUUUCAAGUACUGAUAUAACGAUUAAAGCUAACGGUUCGUAACGUUCAAUAUGAUCGUUGUUAACGCUGAACCAAUACUUUCUCGAUUUUGUAAACAUUAUACUUAAAGUUAAAACGAUAAAGUACAAAAAAAUGUAUAUUUAGUAUAAUUCCUAAAUUCUACUAGGGCAUAUCUAUUGUAUACUAUCCAUCCUGUUACCAGCUAUUGUUUUAACUUUAUACGUAUAAUACUUAAUAACUAAAAAUUAAAAAUAAAUCGAAAAUUUUAAAUGCAUAUAAAUCGCUUUAAAAAUUUUACCAUAUCUAGAAAUUACCAAUAUAAGUACAUUGUGUAAAUUUCAGGUCUUUACGGCUAUUUUUAACAGAAUUUUUACAAAAGAGCUGAUAUUAUUGAUGAGUUGUUGUGAUGUGUUGUAAAUGGGAAAUCAUAAAGGUAGCAUAUAAUUUAAUUUUUGUUUGAAAAUAUUGUUUCAAUCCAAAAACAAUACAACAAGACUUUUUUAUUGAAUUUUUGGAUUUAUUUUAUGAAUAAAUAAUUAAUUUUUUGGUUUUCCAGCCAGUUUUUAUAAUGAUUUGGAAUAACUGGAAAAAGACGUAAAAUAAAAACGAACAAAUUUACGGCGUUAACUAUUUUAUUAUUUUAAGUAUUUUUCGAUUUUAUUUUCUAUCAGAAAUAUUGUUCGAAAUUUCAAGAGUAGUACUUUUUCUGAAAGAAAAUUUCGUUUAGUUUGUGAUUAUUAAAGCCACAUAAUUUUCUUGAUACUUGUGAAAACCCGGGAAAAAAUGGGGCAGUUUACGAAAAUAACGGUUUCAUUAUUUUCAAUAUUGUUUUUUUUGUUGUUAUUCAGUUAAAAACAUUCGUAGAGACCUCAAAGGUUUUUGAACUGAUUUAUAAACAUUUUAUACGAGUUUGUUUACAAAGUUUUUAAUUCUUAAGUAUAUUCUGUGGAUGAAAUGGUUUGAUUAAACACAAAUGCUUGCAAAUUUUAUUCGAGGUUCAUUAUAAGUUUAAUUUAACGGCCAAAAAAUAAAAUUGAUCGUAAUGUAGACGUUUCUCUAUAAGAAUUUGAAUAUCAUAUUUUUUACGAAAAUCAUAAAUAUUAUGGCAUUUUAAAAUAUAUGCAACCGAUCUUUGUUCAAAAUCGUAUUUCGUUAUUUUAUCGUUGGUUUACAGAAAAAAAAAAUAUACAUAAAUAUAUUAAAUAACCUUAUGUAUGCCACCUUCUCAACUUCUCAUCUACGACAGUAGCACACCCUUCCACGGUAUUAGCUUUUUAUUUUUUUUUGCUCCGUAUAAUAUACACGCCCAAGACGGCUGUUUCUAAAAAAAGUAGACUGCACUUUGAUGUUGGUACAUUUUUAUAUGUCAACAGGCCAUAUUACGCGCUUUGUUCAUUAUGUUGAAGUUCAUUUUUUUCAUGUCACAACAAUUAAAAAACACCGCGUAUACAUCAUAUAUGGUAUUCAUUCGGUAUUAUAUACGUUUCGUAAAAUUCUAAAUUUUUAAUUUUCCGAUUUAUGUUUGCACAUAAUAUAUGUACACACAUAUUAUAUCCUAUGGAGGUAAACUUUAUAUAUUCAAAGUGAAAAAUGUAACAAUUUCGUAAAAAUGAUAAGGAAAAUGUAACGAUUGAUUUGUAGAUUUCGAUUAAUUAUUUAACUAUAUAGUUUAAUGAUUGCGGUAAUUUCGACAUUUAAUAAAUGACCCCGACACAAGGCCAACCAUUUUCAUUUUUACCUAUAAUAAAAAAUUCUAAAUUAAUUUUAAAAAAUAUUAUCAAAUCAAUUUUAGGUUCAGAACGGAGUUUUACUAUGAAAUGUGCUUUUUUUUCUGUCAGUAUAUAACUCUUUAAAUAGAAAUCUUGCUCCGAUGUUUAGAAUUUUUUAUAAAACGAAAUUUGGUUUAAUUAGUGUAUUAAACAGAUCAUUGUUUUGUUCAAUUCUUCAGGGGGUUUUCAACGUAAUUGGGAAAAGCCCGAAAGAAAAUUUAAGGUGAAAUGGUAAAUAUUUACAACGUGCCGUGAUGUUACCGGUUUCGUUGUUUUUAAUUUUUGCAACUUUUGUUUUCUACCAGAAAUAUUGCUCAAAUAUUGCUCAAAUCGAAAAUGACGAAGUAUCGAUUUUGUUCCUUUUAAUAUACAGCCAAUGUCAAAGAAAAUCGGUUUUGAUAUCCAAAGUAAUUUUUAUAAUAAUUGGGAAAAACCAAAAAAUUAAAAUUAAUUAAUAUUUACGACAACGUUGCGUCCCAGUUUAGUUAUUUAAAUUUUUUCAGACUGUAUUCGCUACCAGAAAUAUUACUCCAAUUGAAAAAUAACAGAGGUUGAUUUUGUUCGUUUUAAUAACUAGCCACUAAAAAGUCAUUUUUUAAUACCUAAUGUAUUUUUCAUAAUAAUUGGGGUAAUUAAGGUGCAACGAUUUCAUCAUUCAAAAUUUUAAAAUAUUACAUUUUUCUAUCAGAAAUCUUGAUCCAAAUUUCAAAGAAUGGCAUAUUUUCUGAAAGAGAAUUUUGUCUAGAUUUUGAAUAAGAAAAUCGUUAUAUUUUUCCUAAUAAUUACGAAAACCCAGGGGAAAACAGAGUAAAUACGGCAAAGUGUGAGGUUAGGUUAGGCUAAGGCAUUUGGACUAUUUAUUGUUUUUCAGUUGAAAAUGAUUGUAAAGACCUGUAGUUUUCACAAAAUACUUGCAGUGGUUUUUUGUAGACGUAGUAAAAUUUUCAAAAUAUUCUAACUAUUUUAAGAUUAUUUAUAGAUAUAUUUUCGAGUAUUUAUAUUUUUUUUCUUUGGUAAGGUAUCAGUUAUUAAAAUUAUAUGACUUAAGAUAAAUGCUUGAAAAUUUAACACAAGGUACAUAAUAAGUUGUUCUUAGUGGUUUAAAAAAAAUUUGAAUUUAAUGCAAUCGUUAUUUUUUUUUUAAUGUUUUAAGACAAAAUUUUACGAAAAUUUUAAAAAUUACGGCAUUUCAAAAUAUGUUUUAUCGAACUUCACUUCGAAUCGUUUUCGUUAGCAAUGGUUUUUCUCUGCAUAGAGAUUUAAAUUCUGUACCUUUAUGUGUCUUACCUUCCUAAUUGUCCACCUAUAUAACAGUAGCUGCACCCGUCUCCAGUAUCAGCUCUUUUUUUUUAAAAUACCUAUCUGAUUGUUAAUACAAUUUUAGUUACGAUCUUUCCGGAUUAUCAAAAUCAUACAUCCUUCGGAAUAACUGAUAAUUGUACCAUCUUUUUUACGAACAUAUACUAAGCUAAUUAUUGUUUUGGACGAACGAAACUGUAUACUGAGAUGAAUACUAAAAAAAAGCAAAAGACAUAAUACCAUUUUAGAAAAUAAUAGAUUAUUAACAAAUGAACUCGAACUACAAACGUUUCGUAAAUGGUACGUGGUUUUUUUUUCUCUGAACAACCCCGUACAUAUUUUACUAAUAUAUAGGUCCUAGGAUAUUAUAACUAUGUGAGUAUGUACGGUUCAUAUAGCGAUAGUUCAACGCAAAGUACGAUGGUGUAUAUACUUGUAAAAAGUAACAUAGGGAAAAAACAAAUCGGAAGCUUACUUUAAAAUCAAACGAGGACAAACUCGCCUACUUAUAAAUAUAUAGGCCCCCGCAACAAAAUGCACUAACCGUGUAUACAAAGGGUUGUAUCAUAUAUUUAUAUAUAUAUUUAAUUUUUUUUUUUUUUUUUUAUGCCUGCUAUACAUAAUAAUUAACGUUGUCGUGGCAAUUUCAAGACCGCCGGCUAAUUGAACCCAAGUCUGAUUAUUUUCGAAAUGCGCGCCCAGCCGGCCGGAGCCGGGACGGAGGCGUACGCUGUCACCUUUAGGAGAUCAAAAGAUUUUGCCGUAAAGGGCAAGGAACAAAAGCCCCGCAGAGUAUCAUUACACGGGCGUGCGCGCGCUCGCACACGCACAUUUCCCGUGGGGCUCUUGAAAAAAAUUCCAAGUUUUUUAAUACCUCUUUUCAAUGAUAAUGACGCGGCUCCGCCGUCAAAGUCAAAGGAAUAAGUUAUAAGGAUCUUUUUGUUCUCCGGCGUGUAUAAAAUAUACACACACGCUUCUCGAGCUCGGGCUUGCGCACAAGUCGUGUAUGCACGUAUGUGUAUAACAACCCCUUCGACCUGCUACUUAGAUCGUAAAAGGAAACAGAAAAAUAAUACUCGAGCCUUCGACAUAAUACAAUACACGAACACGAGAUGUACCUAUACAUUAUAUACGUGUAUAUUGUGUGCGAAUGUGUUUAUGUAAAGUAGAGCACUGUGUUAUUGCGAGCACAAAAAAAAAAAAACGAUGUAUUAUUAUAUACUCGCAUAAUUUACAGGGUUAAGGUCGUUACAGAUGCGUAUGAAACAUUAUGAAAAUUCAUUACGCAUGUGCGGCGCAAAGGUGGCGGUCUAUCAUUUUUUCACCGAUUCGGCCGAGAGAAAUUUCACCGGGGGAGUGGGAGGAAGGCACACGAUAAAGACGAAUUCACGCCCAUAGAUGAAGAAAUAGACAGGAUAUGACUUACGAUUUUCGGUUCUUGAAUGAUAAGAAAUCGAGGCGAUAUAUUUCGUUUCCGUAGCAUAAAUAUUUUGUGUGUUGUUCUUUUAGAAUUCAAACAUUUUAACGCGGCAUCUUGAAAUAACCGAUGAUUUUUAUUCUAUGAUUUAUAUUUUGAGCUCAGAAUAAACGAAUCUAUUCCAUGAUUUUCAGGAAAGUAUCUAGGUAUGCAUUAAUCGCGGAAACGUUAGGGGCGCACGUACUGAAAUCGGCUUAAUUAUUGGCCUUUUAGUUUGCCGCCGUCUCGAGCCCCGAGAACCGAAUGUCUCUUGAGAUCAGCAUGGGUGUGUUCGAUCUAUUCCUUUACUAUCUAUGUUUACGCGUCUAUAUUAUACAGUUAGGCACUAUGGUCGUCAUCAUGGGCGCCCGCCGGAUAUUUAUCAGGGAGGGGCAUAAUAAAAUCACUAACCGAAAAGUACUUACAAUAAAAUGAUUAUAUUUUAAACUUUGAAGUGCGGGGGGGGGCAGAUUGCCCGUCGGACGCCCGCGGUCGCAGUUGUUUCGGACAGACCCGUUACAAUGCCGAAUUUCCCGACCGUCAAUCGGACCGAAUUAACCUGACGGCGAUUUUCUUUUCAAUAAUAGACCACGUAGCCCGCAACGGUAUACACGGAAACAAACCGGUCCCUGCGUGUAUAUUGUAUUUUUGCACGCAGAAAGACAUAAUCUUUUAAAGUUUUUUUUUUUUUUUUUGCACGAUUUCUGGAUUUGCGAAACGCGACAGAGCGCGUGUAUGCGUACGCACAAUCGUAUACGUCAAUUUCAAUAAAGACACGCACGCGGAGCGCGGACAACCGCGAUACACUAUGCCUAACCGCCGCCGCCGCCGCCGCGGAACAAGAAUAGCACGGCGGCUAUAAUAAUAAUAAUAAUAAUAAUAAUAAUAAGAGUAUAUCGCAAUAACUCUUAACGGCGGUGACAGGGGUACGAGCCGGGCGGACGUCGCGCCCGGUUAUUCCCCGCCGGGCGACGACGAUCGGCGGAACUUUUGUCGGGAAACCUCGGGCGUCGCGCGUGUACGAUAUAGUGUGCAGUCGUAUACGUACAAGGGAAAAACCCACCCGGGACGGUUACGAGAAUGAGGGGGCUGAGGUAGGGGCGCGAGGAUCGGUCGGGUCGGGGCGGAAAGGGUUAUGGAAACGGGCAUUUUACUCCGCGGAGUAAAGCGCGGGCUCCGGGCCAGGGGAGCGCUCGUCGCCGCGUCUCCGCGAGGCACCGCAACCCCGUCCACCCCCCCCCCCCCUCCCUCCGCCGCCGGACCCCCCUCCCCCCCUUCCGGAUUACGGUCGCGUCGCGCGUGCUUCGGAACGUUUUAAAUGAUGAAUGGCGCUCCGCCGACCGUGUAGCGCUAUACGCGGUACAUCGCGUACACGCUCGCGCUGUACACACAAACCUUUUUCGUGUGUGUGUGUGUGUGUGUGUGUGUGUGUGUGCGCGCGUAUAAUCCUGUGAAAUAUUGCUUUUAGCGAAACACACGACGCACAAUGCAAAAAGCCAUUCAUUUACCACUCGGGUUCUUCGGGCUCGGCGAAUUUCCGCUCUUAUACACACUGCGCGCCCUCGCCACGCACACACACACGCGCGCCGAUACACACCUCCGUGUAAAUACGUACAGCACGCACACAUUGUAAUACUCGCACUCGCGCGUAUAUUUACGUAUUUUAUGUAGGCAGUCGGCCGCGUCCGGGGUUAAUUUUUACGCGUCUACGCCUCCGCGCGGGUGUCGGCGAGCGCGCAACAAUACGCGAUGGGCGCGCGGCAUAGUGAUACCAGACACAGAUAUCGCGCAUCGUCAUAGUGUUGAAAAUAAUAAUUAUUGUAAUUAUGGAUCGUCGGCUAUAUUGCAAUCGGGUGACCGCGGCAAAAUCGCGGGAGCCGAUUCGAGCAAGCUCCCCCGAAACUUUGCAGGCGAGAAAUACUGUUAUCAAGAAAACUAAAAUGCGAGAAAAAAUCGAAAAGCGACCUUCCCGAAUAACGCACCGACUAGAAUCUAUACAGAAUCAGCGUGUCUCAACCCGGUGGUGGGCGCGACCACUUUGGGGUCGCUAAUUAAUUACAUAGGGUCGCCGAAAAUGUAUAAUAUUGGGUUGGUGUGUACAUGGUAUUAAUUCAGGGGUCGCUAAAAAGUUGAAUGUCCAUUUAGGGGGCCGUGACAGUAAAAACGUUGGGAGAACCCUGAACCAGAUCGUAAAUCCUGUGAAAGAUAUUAUAGUUCCUGCGCAUUUGACGAUUGGACCGAGAAUUCAUUCUAUAAAUAUCGUUUACGGACACGUAAAAAAAAAAAAAAAAGGUUUCGCUGGGUAACGGUCAUUACUCAUUAUUAUUGAUCGUGAAAAAUAUACCGCAGAAAAUAAUAAUUUUCCCAGUCUGUUGGCAUUCGCUCGGCCGGUGGUGGUGUCGAGGAGUUUGCGUGUACUCGGAUAUUAACUUGUCACCGUCGGCUUUCAAUUAGAUAGUGUGAAUAAUAGCCAAUUAUCGAUUUUUAACUGAAAGCUUUUAUGUGUACAACCUUUAGGAGAUAACCAGUCGAAAUCGUUUAAAUUGCGUUUAAAAAUAAAAUAAUACUAUUAAUAUUCUUUUAUUUCUUGUCGUUAACCCUAAGAUUAUAUAGUUUGUUACAGAUUUCCAUGCAUUUCUGUUUUAACUAUGUAGUAUCACAUCAUUUCCUUUAAAUCUCUGUAUGCUCGCAUUAUAAUUUGGGUCACUUAUUCUCUCUUGGUCAUCCACUUCUCACAAAUUCUUCAAUAAUUAUUGCCGGUGCUUUGUUGAUAAACGUUCAUGUUUUAAUAUUAUAUGAUCUAUCAUCUUAUCUCUUCUGCAGCGUUUAACUUAAAAACAUGCUGUUUUCCAUUCAUUCAGUUCAAAACCUCCUCGAUUGUAACUCUUUUAGUCCAUGGGAUUUUUUUAAAAUACCACGUAUCGAAUUUUAUUCAAUUUAUUUUUUUCAACUGAGCUAAUUAUAACGGUUUCGUAAUUAAACAGUAUCACACUCCAUAUUUCUUCAAAACGUUCUUACUUACAGACAGAAUUCAUAUUUUAUAACUUCUGUGUAUUAAAAUGCAAAUCAUUUGAAACCGAAACGUAUUAAUUAAAUAACGAACCAUAAAUAUUUAUUUUAAUUAUAAAAAAAAAGUACAUUUAAUGAAGAAAAUUAAUUACACUCAAAUUAUUUAUAAAGGCAGUCAUACUUAAAAUGGUCACUUACUAAUUAUACAUAUAUUAUUCAUUUGAAUCGUUAACAAUUCAGGUUUUCGGAAUUUAACGAUUUUUUUUUUUUCUUCAUUCUAGUAGUUUUAUUUUUUACAAACGAUAUUUCGCUUAGUUAUAUUUCUCUUCAUUGUAUAUAAAUAUUUUUAUCAAAAUGUUUCGAAAACCGUAAAAUGACCAUUUUACGUAUAAUAAUCUAUCUCUUCCGGUACAUUUUGAACUUUUAAUGGCUAACGGAAAUUAUGAUUAGUAGGCCAUUCUGGCGACUGUACUGCAAUUAAUUAUUAUCAACUAUUGACUCGUGGAGUUUUUAUUUUUAUAAACGUUAGAAAAGUUGUACAGUUUUCUCUAAAAUCAUAAUACACGGAGACCAUUUUAAACUCAAUUUUAACUUAGAGUAAGUACGUCAAUAUAAAAUAUAUAUAUAUAUAUAUAUGUUAUAUAUUAUAUACAUUAUGGCUUAUAUAGUUGUUUAUUCACUGGAUAUUUGUAGAGUAAAAUAGCAAAUAAAUAAAUAUCCAUUUAAGAAUUUAGGAUAAGCCAUUCCGAAAAGAUGAAAAAGGCUAUUAUUAAAUAAAAUUGUACAAUGUAAAAUCAAAAACUCAAUCUAUGUAUCUCAACAGUAUAAAAAUAAAAGUUUUAUACACACACUUUUUACACCUGAAGUAUAGAUAAUUUUUAAAUGGACUCUUGUGGUAAAAAAAAAAAAAAAUGGUUUUCAAUUAUUAUUGUUAUUAAGUGAAUGCGGCGUGAUUAAUCAUCGUAUUCAAAAACAAAUAUAUAUCGAAUGAAUUUCGGUUUACUGAUACUGAUAAUGUUCGAAGCUACUGGUAGACCAUGUUUUUAAACACCAUAAUAUUUCACUCUCCUCCUACAACUGGUUAUCAAUUCGAUCCGCAUAUAAACAAACUGUAGUUUCCAAAUUUGUGUUAGUUUGGUCUAGAGGAACCAGCUAUAAGUGUUUAAAAGUAGCGAGAAAAAGAUAUAUAUAUAUAGACACAAUACAUGUGUAAUAGUCUCUAUUUUCGGUGAAAUUCGACUAAAACUUAAAAAAAUACCGUUUUAGGUGCAAGAGCUUCCAGUCGGUGAAACGGGGUGAGAUAUGCCGUAUACCCGGUUGUUCGGUGUCGCCGUCCGCUCCGGGAACACCGACCCCGGUCCGGUUACCGCAAUUCCAAGGCGAGACGUUCAAACAGUUUAUUAACUACGUGUACACAGGCAAAGUAAGUAUUUCAGCUUUAUAUUUUAUAUCGUGCUAGCGACGUAAUAAUAAGAUAUUAUUUUCGAAAACCGCCCGCGGACUACGCCGUAGCAAUAAUUUAGUAGGUAGUUACCGCUUUGAGUGUACAGUUUUGCUCAGUUCCAGGCGCGUAAACGAGAAAAGAAGAAAGAGAAAACCGCCUCCGGUUCCGCGAUCCUCGUGUUUAUAUACAUACAUAUAUAUAUGUAUUAUAAUGGACCACCCGAAUCUUUCCGAGAUAUAAAUCGUCGUUAUAUACGCGGCGAACAACAACGUCGAAUUAUCAAAAAUAAUAUAAAUCGUACCUUUGAGACGUUGCAGAAGCUAGCGAAAAAAUUCUUAUUCCACUACUAUUCAACGUCAUGGCUAUAAUUUUUUUUUCGGAAGGGCUAUAGGUAAUUUCAUAUUCGGCCCUUAAUUUUAGAAUAUCCUUAAUCUAUAACCUCUUGCAUAUGUAUGUUAAAAAAUUUUGCCAAAUUAUGCAUAAAUAUAAACAUAUUCUGGAUAAAUUCUCUUGUUACCUUAAGGAGUACUUUAAUUAACACUACGGCUAUAUAGCGUCAAAUCGAUCAAAACUCUACAUCUAUUAGUUUUAACUUGAUCAUAGUAACAAUUCACGUAUGCGAUGUCCAUCACCCAAAGGGACGAAAAAAAUCUGUUUAUAUUCGAAAAGAAAAUGAUAUGGAAAAUAUAAGGGCAAAUUCUGAAUGGAUAAUUCAAAAGAAGGGUAAACGUGGAACAAGAAAUAACGUGUGCCACGAAGACAUAUCAAUUGUAAUAUUUUCGGAGAUAAUAAAAAUAUCUAAUAAAAUUUUGAUUUUUUUUUUUUUUUAUUACUCACAAGGAUAAGGAUUACAUUUUUUUGAGUUUCAAUUAAUUUUUUUGUUUUGGUAAAAAACUUAAAAAAAUAACUUUUUAUUUUAUUAUUUUUGACAAAUUUGAAGAUGUUUAUUUGAUAGAGUUUAUUAUUCUGAAAAUAUUGAUGUAACAACUUUUUAUUUUCAUUAAAUAUAAAAAAAAAAACAAAAUUUGAAUAUUAUCUCAGAAAAUAUUGCAAUAAGUAUAUCUUCGUGGGACACUCUGUAUAACAAAUAAAGUAUUGGAAAAUACCUUAAGGCAAAGCGAUUGGAGUCUUAUUCGAAAAGUACUCGCUAAGAACCUAAAGUGCCCGAGGAGACCCCGUAAUGAUAGAGGGUGGAUUCUUUAAAGAUGCAAAAAAAGAGGAAAAUUUGAUCAGGGGCGUAAGUAAGGGAGGUGGAUUAAAAGGGUCGAACAAAAGGCCCCUUCAUUCGAAAAUCUCAAGUAAAUCCCUAAGUGAAUAAUAAUAAUAAGGAAAAAUUGUUAUGCAGGUGUUAGGUAUAAGUACUACAAACAACAGAAAGGACUUUUUAGUUAGAAAAAAAUAUAAUAUAUUGCGAAAUUACAUUAAAGAAUGAAGAAGAAUAAUUUUUUGAUCGACUUUAUAGGAAUGCGUUUAAUAUUUACAAUUAGCUAGAUAGAUAGGCACCUAAUAUUAUAUUGUAAUAGUUCUAUAAUUAUAUAAAAUAUUAACUACAAAAUCGCGUGCUCUUAUCUUGAUCUUACUGUCAACAUUUUUGAAAAAUAAGAAUGAUACUAAAAACAAAUUUAUAAAAUUCGAUAAGAUAUAUCUGCUAAAUAAAAAACUUAAAAACCUGCUGUUUGAGUAUCAACUAUAUAAACCAAGAAGUUUAAAGAAAUAUUAGCUUCAAUGAGUUGAAUGCAAUUAAAACAUUGGAAAAGUGUGAUAAAUUAUUUUUUUCCUCUCAUUUAUACUCUUCUUACUCCCUUCAUUAAUAAUCUAUACCUACGUUCCUAGUUAAGUUAACGAUAGAUAUGAUAAAGAAACGUGAUCGAUGAAUAAGCUUAGUAGAAGCGUGAAAUAAGCGUUCAGUACGGAAAUGAACACGUUGGCAAGCGUAAAUGGUCUCAAAUUUUCCACAAAAUUUCAGAGGGGACUGCAAUCCUGGCUACAUCACUGACUUAGGUUUUAUUCCGUUUAUAACAUCUCCGCACUCUUAUUAUUAAGCAUUUAGGUGUAUAAACUUGCACUUUAACAGUGGAUCAUAAUAAUAAUAAAAGUGCCCCAUAUAUAUACAUAUAGGUACGUUUAAUAUUUACCCAUUCAAUAUUUAUUUACAGAAAGCGUUACUUCCGUAAUGGUUACCGUAACACAUAAUUAUUAUGCCGUUGUACGUGUGACCCAGUAGAGUAAUAAAUUUAUACUUUCAUUAAAAUUAUAAUCGUGUUUAUUUAUUACGUUACCUGGCUAUACGUACAACGCUGCGCAACUUACGACGAGGGCCUCCAAAAAAUAUAAUAAUAUGCUUUAACCCUCAUAAUUAUUAUUCCCGUAGUAUAAUAUACCAUAUAUAGGUAAAAUGAUUUAUGGCUCCCGGUAUAUACAUUGUCACAAGCUCGCAGGCUUACACCCGUGAAAAAUUAUACACAUUUAUUUUUUUUUUUUAUUUUUUUUGUUCGCUCUAUACAUAUUAUACACAUAUAUAUUAUAGCUGCGAAAAAACUUCAGGUGCUACCACUGGGUGGGGUUGGUGAUGAUUUGCGCGCCGCGCCGUAGAGAAAUAUAUGGAAAAAAAAAUGAGAAAAAAGAGAUACUUUGUGUACAAACGCAUGAAAUAUACACCUGCAAAAAUACAACUCCUAUCAGCUAUAUAUUUAAAUUGAUCGAAACAAGUUUAACUCUCUGUUGCAUUGAUUCUACUUUAACGUUUGCUAUUAAUUUUUUUUUUUCCUGUCUUAACAACUUUUCAACUAAAAAUCUUGAUUGGAUAGUUUAUUUGUAGCGUUUUGGAGCUGACCGGUACAUUAAGGAGGUCGUUUUUUUGAUUUUCCGUGCAGUUUUCUUAAAAACAAUGUCAAAACAUAAGAAAAACAAUAAAGUUUAGGCUAUUAACGGUCUCAUAGUUUUCCAUUGUGUUUUUUUGGAGUUUUAAAAGAUAUACUAACGUGCUACACUUGAAAUCGGAGCACAGUUUCUGACGGAAAUGUUGUUCACAGACACAUAAAAAAUCAUGCAUAGCAAAACCAAUGCAUUCCUCGCGUUCAAGUUUAUCAAUCUUUGAUUUCUGGUAAUUUAUUUACAACAUAAAUCAUCGUAUAUUUAAUACCUAGAUAUCUGUAUGUACGAUGAGUACUCGUUUGUAUGCGUGCUUUUGGGUUAAAAUACUAUUAUUAUCUUCCAAACUUAUAAUUGUCUUCGAGAUUUCAGAAACGGUCCGAGCCAGCAAAAUCACCAAAAACAUUUCUAGGUAUAUUGUAGUAUAAACUUAAACGGCAAUCUCCGUGUUGUUAUAAUAUAUAAUAUAUUAUAUAAAGGGCCCCUGAUCGUAUUAUUCGUCUUAAUUAUAUGUAGUGAGAGCGUUAUCGACCGAAUUUACCCGAAUAUGGCUCCGAGUCAUGGACAUAAUAUAAAUACCCAUGACUAAAUUGAACGGGACGUAAAGUUUAUUUCGCUUGAAUUGGGUCUCUGGUGAGUCAUGUAUGGAGAUUAUAUCUUUUGUCCCAGGGAAAAUGGGCUCGAGUCAAUUUUUAUAGUUUUCAAUAAAAGCAAAUUCAAUGUUGAAAAUUCAUACACUAUUGUACACAAACUAUUAAACUGAUUUUGAAAAUAUACACACUUAUGAUCUUUAGACCAGAAAAUAAAGGGGAAAAAAUUACAUUAGACAAAAUUAUAGGAAAAAAAAUUGACAAAUUCGCUAGGGCCAAAGAUAAAGACGUGUAAUUCGUCGAAUAUAUUCGCGGUAUCGACUAAUAUUAAUAAUAAUAAUAACGUAUUGAGUACUUUUUAUUGUCUUUCUCUGGGCUGCAAAAAAGUCACUUUAUAUCUAUUAUACGCGUGAAAAUGUUUUUAACAAAUUUAAAAAUAUCCGCCACGCAAUCAUCUCAACGAGUGUCGUCGUACUCGAGCGACGGCGGCAUUUCGAGUGUUCUCUGCGGUACCCACAUAUAUAUUAAAUACUUAAACGGUAUUUUAUAAACGAAAUUUCUGAACCGUAUAACCCAAAAAACUCAUCCUCUUCAGAGGCGUAUAAUUAUAACAUAUCAUAUUUUUUUUUUUUUAACUUUCGUUUAAUUGUUUUAUCUUUAUAUUAUGUACGUUCGCUUUUAUAGAUUGUUUUGCAAGAUGGCGGAGUUUUUGAAAUGCUUACGCUGUCGCAAGAAUUGGGCGUAGAAGACCUGCAGAACAGUUGUGAGGAACACGUAACCACGACUAUGUCCGUGAUGAACGCUUGUACGUUUUUGGCUGCUGCGAUGGAUAUACAGGAGAGGGCUUCUAGCAGUAAAUAUAAUAAUAUUAUUUGAUUAACUGUGCUGUAGACAUUCGUCGCCCUUGAAUAUAGAUGGCUUAUCAGAAGAAAAGUAUUGAUACUUUUACUUUAUAUCAAAUCGAAAUCGAAUAACGGUAUCAUCCAAAUAUCGAAAGAAAAUUUCUGUAAAAAUGUACUUAUAUUGACGAAAAAUAUAUUAAAUCGUAAUUAAACGUCCUAAACGAUUCUAAUCGAAGGAUUUGCGUUUUUUGCGAAGUAUUCUAUCAGUACCGCUUCACACUGAUUGUUCCGUUUGAAUUGAUGCGUCUUGAUGCCUUCGAUCAACUGCGUUCGCUCGCUUCGUGAGAUCGUGUCGGAAAUUUUCAUGAAAUAAUAUUACAAUUUGAUUCGAUUCGAUAUGAGUACAUCUGUUUGGAUACGAGUAAAGUAUCGAUAUUUACUCGCGUCGAUAAUAUCGCAACAUCCAUGCCCGCGAACGUGGAAUACUUAAAUUUAAUAUGCGUCUACAUUUUCCAAACGAAAUAACGAAAUGUUCGCAGGCGGAAAGGGCUCGAAGUCGUUCGUCGACCGGUGCGUCUCGUUCAUCGGUGAGAACGCGGCGAAAUGCGUGAAAACAAACGCGUUCCUAAACCUGCCCAAGGAAUCGCUCAUCAAACUCAUCUCGUCCGACUGCGUGAGUGCAGAGCAUAUUUAUUACGUCACGCGCGAAUUAAUUCGUUUUCGUCAAACAGCUAUAAAAAAUCGUUGUUGUUAUUAUUAUUGUGCGAACCGUAUGUAAUAUAGCGUUUUACUGCAGUUGGCGCUCGAAGAAGAGGACGUUUGGAGGGCCGUAGUAAACUGGGCGAAAUUCCACGCGGGCGUGGUCCAACGAACGGCCCACUGGACCGAAGAAGAACGGGCUAGAGUGUGCCAACAUUUAUCCGGAGUCAUCAACCACGUCCGAUUGCUGUUGAUAGGUAAACGUGGUUUUUUUUUUUUUUUCGAUACUCGCACAAUUUCCGUAUCAUAAACGCGACACUAUAUCGUUAUUACCGUUACUCGUAUAUUUUAUCGCCAUGAAUAUCGUCGCAAUACAAUCACCUCCGAGCGCUAUGCCGUGCAUUCCCCGAGGGUCCAAACAACACAUUCGUGUUAUUAUCGUGUUAUUAUAGCACGCUACGCUUCAUCAACGGUAUCGGUUUUUUAAUUUUCCUUUUUGGGAGGAUAGGGAGGCGAGAAGUUUCACUGUGAAAACUAACAAUUAUCGUUGCGCUGCAGAACCUAACGGCUGCACUCUCGAACAAAAAAACUUCUUUAACCGCAAACACAACCGACAAGAUUAGUACUGCUAUACGUAUUGCCUCGGACAAGGUAUUACUUGUCCGAUAACCGAGUUUAUUUGAAUUGAUUAUCAUCCACAGACUCUCAGGUGUUCGCGGAAGAAGUGGAACCGACGGGGGCCGUACCCAUAGAAAUGUCUCUGGAACGGUACCGUUACGCGGCGUUACCGAAUAAGUUCAAAGAAAUGUCGGACAAUCAACGUCUCCAGCCCCGCGUCAUGCUCAAGUUUUUCUCGGGAUCUCAUAUAUUAAGUCAAGUAAACAAAUAUACAUUAUAAAUACUUGGCCACCCAAGUGAAUCUUGAUUUCGAGUCUAUUUCGCGUAAUUGUGACGAACGAAAAUAAAAGUGUUUUUUUUUUUUUUUCUUAUCCUCGUCUUUGUUGUACCAGGACAAAACGCAUCUGCAGCGCGUGCUGAAUCAGUGGUACGGCAGUGUAAAACAGUGUUGGAGACUGGUCUACAGGGCGUCCACCGACGGAUUUUCCGCCGAAUCGUUUCACAAGCACUGCGAUACCGUUUCGCCCACAUACGUUUUAGUAUUGGUAAUUACUAUAAUCUUAUAAUUAUUAAAUUACGGUGGUUCAUUAUUAUCGCAUUCGGUCAUCGUCACUUGUAUAUACGAGUACAUACCAUAGGGGUGUACACGUAGAAAGAAAAAAUGGGGGUAACCCCCCACCGCCUUUUUUUUAUUGUCUUAGAUAUCUUACAAAUAAUUAUGUUAUUCAAUAGAAUAUUUAUUGAAGACAGAAUUGUAUUCAAAAUAAUAACAGUCUUCACAGCUUCAUAAUAUUAUAUUAUAUAAUUAUUAUAUUUUUGUAAGAUUUGAUUUGAAAAAUUAUUAAAAAUAAAAACUAAUAAUUGUUGCAAAAGAAAAAAGAAAAACUGUUGAAAUAUCUGCUCAACUUUUCCCAACAUCUCGUUAAUCCCUCGCUUACGAAAGCACCACAUAUGUAUACAGUGUGUUUCAUUAAAAUGGUAACACGACAUAUUUCAUCUGAAUGGACUGAGAUUGGAAGUAUUUUUUCUUUUUUUGGAAAGAUCAGGUGUACCAAAAUAAACAUUUUGACCUUAUUUUAAAAUGUUUAAUCCCUUAUAACGAGUAUUAAAACCUAAAUUUUCUCAAAUGAAAUGUUUUACCACCACAUUAUUCGAAGUCUUAUUUUCAAGAAAUUAUGAUUUAUACAAUUUGUUUUCAGUCUCAAAAAAAUGAGAACUGUUUAAUUGUAUGAUUGUCUAUUUAUACCUAUAAUUAUUUUUCCCCCUACUCCCUAUAGCAGUCAAAAUGCUUCACUUUUAGAUUCGUAUAAAAUAUCAUGCUAAUGUAUUAGUGUAUUUUUCCUUUGUAACAAAGGUAACACGAAAAUAAAUUUAAAUAAAACCAAUGUAUCGAAAUUUUUAAUGCCAGAAAUUUAAUUUUUAGAAUUCCUGUUAGAAAUCUAGACUGUUUUUGUUUUUCACGUAAUAUUCCAUUAGUCGAAAAACACUAAUCUUUUAAAAUACUGCAUGAAACAUCUUAGCGUUUUAUUUUUCACUAAAAAAGUGUUUUGAAAAAAAUCAUUAAAAUGCAAUUUUUUGGAAAAAGUAUUACGAAUUUUAAAAAAUGUUUCAAAAAAUCUUUAUUCUUCAGAAUAAUACCCGACAGAAUCUGGCCAUUUAUACCAAGCGAAAAAAUGUUUUUUAAGAAUAAAAAAUCUUCAUCACAGAGUUAAGCCACAGUGUGUCUACAAUAUACACUUAUAUAUAUAUUACAUACACAAAAUACCUACUCUUCACUUCACUAAAAAUGUAUAAUAAUCAAUAAAUAUAUAAAUGCUUCCCAUCAUAUUUAGUUUGAAUCGUAUAUCAGGGUUUUUCAACCUUUGGGUCGCGAAUAAUUUUGAAUGAGUCACCCCAACGUUUUAAAUGUUUAAACAAAUACGAUGAAAAAUUUACAAAAAAGGUAAAAUAAUAUUGCCCCUUCAGUGCGUGAUUUUUAAAUCUAUUAGCCCCAUCGCUAAAUUUUAACGUUUUUUUCAACCGAAAUCGCAUGGAAAAUUGGGUAAAUAUCUCUUGGGUCGCAAAAUGUACACAAAGAAAGAGAACCGCUGGUGUACGUGACAUUAAUUUACACAAUAAUAAAAUAAUAAAGUAAAAAUAAAAUUAUUAAAAUGGUUAAUACUCAUAAAUAAAUAAAGUAAAUAAAUAUACACAUAAUGAAUGUAUGUAUAAAAAUAAAAAAAAAUAAAUGAAUCAAUGCGCCGCCUGGAGUAUUAUGAUAAGUGUAUUUUACGACCGGUUUCGAAUUAAAAAUUCAUGAAAAAUGUAAAACGCAUUACAGUCGCAUUUUGACUGUGAUACACCUGAUGAUGAAUUUUUAAUUCGAAACCGGUCGUAAAAUACACUUAUCAUAAUACUCCAGGCGGCGCAUUGAUUCAUUUAUUUUUUUUUUUUAUUUUUAUACAUACAUUUUUUUAUUUCCUAUAUAUUUUAUUUACUUUAUUAAUUUAUACGUUCAUUUUAUUUGCAUCGCUAGUAUAUAGGUUAGGUUGAGUACCUAUGUAUAUUAUUGAACAUUAUAUUUUAAAUUUGCGCUGCAUUAUUAUAACCAUUGAUUGAGAAUAUAACACGAUGAAUAUCAUACAAAUUUCACGCCUCAAAAGGCCCCGUUCAAUGCAUGUGUUAUUACGCGAAUUUCACGCAUCCGCAAACAAAAACCAUUAAAAUUAUCUCCCUUUAAAAAAAAUCGCACCCUCAGCGCGUGUACGCCCAACGUUAUUGCUUUAUUACUGCUAUUGACGACGGUCUCUUGAUCUUUGUUAGUUUAUUUUUUUUUUUCGAAUGCGCGUUAAUUUACGUUUGAACUGUAAAAUACAAAACAAAUAAUUUGUUCAAUACUUUUUCUCUUUCUCCCUUUGAACGACAAAAAAAAUCCAAAUAAUUUAGAUUUAUAUUAAUUAAAAAUAUCAAAAUAUUUUUCUUUUUUUCUUCUACUAAGGCAGUAAAUUAGAGCAUUAUUUAUAGUAAUAUACAUAGGUACGCGCUACUGCGGCAAUAAAAACAAUAAUAAUAGGUACCCUUUAUACACUCGAUAACGACUGAAUUUAUUGGUUGAAUAACGUUCUGGAUUUUCGACUCCGCGAAACGUUAUUAAAUGCCGUUCGGAAUUGGUUUUCGGUACAAUAAUGCCGACAAAAAAAAAAAAAAAAAUCCAUUAGGUACCGUUACAGAACCGUUCGGCAUUUAAAUAAUACACAUUAUAUCGUGCGUUUUCCUCAACCAAGAAACCCUGUGCAAUAUAAGAGUGACUAAGUCAGCUUAUAUCACUAUAUAUUGAAUGGACCAUUAUUUUGCAGCGCUUUGAUGGGACAAACUUUAAACCGUUAAUGCAUGAUAUAAUAGGCGUUAGUUGGUACACAAAAUGGCUGUCCGUGCAUAUAUGGAUAACAGGUGAACCAAUUAGAAUGCAAUAUGCCAUUGGCCGCUCAGUCAUUAUGCGUAUUAUGUAGUACGUCUACCUCGACCUAUUUUGUAUACAAAUGCUCACGGUACAUUUUACAAAACCACUCUGCAGCAAAUAUGUACAAUAGGUGAUAGUGACGUGAGAAGAAAAAUACUCUGUGAAAUAUCGCUUAACCCCGCGCGCAUGUAAUACGCACAAUAGGGUGGCCAUUAUGAAACAUAUACGGGAUAAGGUUUUGCCAUCUAAAAAAUCUGCUGCGAUAAGAGCAUUUAUAUGUGAUGUCUGAGUGUUAGUAUUAAAUGCAAGCACAAACAAUUUUUAUAUAUUUGCCCACGAAUCGGCGUCAUCCCUUAUACAUACAUGACAAUUAAAUGGACUUUUAUUUAUUUUGUGUACCAUAUUAAAUAGGGCGUCAACGGCUGGCUGUGCGGAGGAUUCAGCGACGUUCCGUGGGGUAAGGGUCACACCAAGGGUGCUUACAUGGUGUCCGACAAGAGCUUCCUAUUUUCACUCAGCACCACUCAAGACACCCCGCCGAUAAAAUACGAUAUUGUUAAAAAACCGUACGCUAUUUGCUACCAUCAAGAGUAAGUACAUGCAGAUUUUAAGUUUACCCCACCGCCGCACUAUCGCCAGUGCGUCCAUUCCCUCUCUCUCUCUGUCUUUCCAACUAUUUUAUUCUCUCUCUACUGCAGUAUUUUAAUAUUUAUAACGAUUUCCUUUCAAAAAUAAUGUGGUGAAACGAGCAUUAUAUAUAUAGGGGAAGAAACCAUACAGGUGUAACGCUCAAUUUACCCGCAAUUAAAUAAUAUUACUUACCUAUUUAAUCUCAUAAUAUUCAAAGUAAUAUUCCCGUAAACUGACGGUUAAACCGUAACGAUUUUAUCAUUGACGAAAUAUAUACAGGAUGAUUCACUGAGCGUGCACACCCCAUUUUUUUUGUUAAAUUUUACAUAUAUUCAAAUACUAAUUUUGGGAAUUUUUAAGUGUGAUUAAUGCCGAUAUUUUCGAAUACUUAAAUUUUUCACAACAUGUAGGAAGUAUCCUGUGGCGAUAUCGACUUUUGUUUUUAAAUGAGAACCUAUAUUAAAAAUUCUAUAAAGAGACGGAGCAUUACUUUAAAUUAAUUUUGGUUUCGACAUUUUUGAUUUUCGUCAACCCGUGAACGAGAUAUUCCACUUUUAAGUUUAGGUAGGGGGAGAGUAGUGGAGUAUCAUUAUUAUUUGGUGGCACGGCGCGCAACAUUUAAUUAGUGCUCCACUACUCUCCUCCUAACCAAACUUAAAUGUCAAAUAUCUCGUUAAACAAAAGUUAAAUAUUUUAAAAAUAAAACAAAUAAAUAUCGUCAACGGGUCGACAGGGGUCAAAAAUGUUAACACCAAAAUUGAUUUAAAGUAAUACUCCAUUUAUUUAUGAAAUUUUUAAUAUAGGUUCUCAUUUGAAAUGUGCUUCACCACUGAUAUUAUACAUAUUAUACAUAUUAUCUACUAGUAUAUAUAAUAGGACCUAAAUUGUAUGCUAUAUUUUUCUAUCAAUGUUUUUAUCUUACAUAUAAGACUCGUCUCUCUCACUCUCUCUCACUGAGUCGCACACACUGUUAAUGGGUGCAUAUAAACGUGGACUAACAUAGAAUCGGCUCAAUCAGCUGAUAGGAUUUUUGUUUACCUGUAAUCUUAAGUACAAACUUCCGAAAAACAUGGACUCGAGUCACCGUACCAACCUGAUGUUAAAUACGUUUGUUUAUCCGAGUUACGAAAACGUUUAAUAUCGCGUUGGUGGAGUACGGUGCAUAGGAUCUGCAUAUACUAGUAUACGAUCUAAGGCUUUAAGAGACUUAAGGUCACAAAUUUAUUUAACACGAGAAGAUACGUUAUGUAGUAAGUCUAAUAUACACAGUUGAACUCUAUUAUAUCUUCUUCUAACAAUAUUAGCCCCCAGACCUUUCCUUCUCUUCUCUUUAGUCCAUCUAUUUAAAUGUCUAUGCUUGCAACUCUCGCAAUUUCACUUUGUAUCAACAAAUCUAUUGAUCAUAUAGCAAAUAGUCAAAUACUAAAUUACUUUAUUUAUUUAUUUUGUUCUGACUACGGUAAAAUUUAAAGAACCGAAUACGGAAUAUUUAUUAUCCCGAAAAAGCGUAUACACGUCACCUAUGUAUUUACGUAUUUAUUUUUACAAUUUUAUAGAAUAGGUCCGAUAUUCGGGGCCGGUGCCGACUUACUGAUCGCUAACAAUUGCAACUCAAACAUGGACAGCUAUAGUAACCUGCCGCACUCGUACGACGGUGAAAACGCGUCGUUCAACUCGCUGAUGGGCGACUACAAUUUCACCGUAGCCGAUUAUGAAGUGUUCACACCCGUGAAAAACGAACCGUCCUCGUCGAAAUGAGUGAUCCGGACUUUCGUCUAACUUCGAUCGACCUGGGAAAGCAAACUAAUCAAAAAAAAAAAUAAAAAUGUUUUACCCGCGUGAAAAAAUGUAUCGCAAUAUCGUAUCCAUACGUAGACGGGUGUAUUACUAACUUGCUGGGCAUAAUAUUAUAUUAUACACCUCUACGCGCC